AUGCCGUCCGCCAAAUUAGCCAUGGUGUCCGCCGACGAUGAGUGGUCUCCUCUGGAGUCCGUCAUCGUGGGCCGUGCAGAACAUUCUGCUUUUCCGUCUGAACCCGCCCAUAUGAUCGAAGCAACGAUGCCAGAUGAGCAUCAGCAAUCAUUCAAGCCGUCGAACCCAUUCCCGCCGGAAAUUCUUCAAAAAGCACAGGAAGAGCUCGACAACUUCGCUUCUAUCCUCGAACGGGAGGGAAUCCGGGUCUACCGGCCCAAAGAGGUCAACUGGCUUAAAAUCGGCGGUUACACAGGAGCAAUGCCACGGGAUAGUCUUAUGACUGUCGGAAACACCGUUAUUGAAGCACCAUUUGCAUGGGGCUGCCGCAAACAGGAGGUGGAACUUGGAUACAGCGAUAUUCUUUCGGCCCUUGCUGAAGACGGUCUCAGCAAAGUCGUCCGAGCUCCGAAGAUUCUGGGAAGAGAGACGCUGUACGACGGUGUUGAGAACUGUUCGAGCAAUGGAACCCACACCUGGGCUAUUAACAACACAAGGCCUUCCUUUGAUACGGCAGACUUUAUGCGGUUCGGCAAAGUGAUCAUUGGGCAGCUCAGCAAUGUCACCAACAUGAAAGGUGUUGAAUACCUGAGAUCUGUGAUCCCCGAGGGAUACACCGUUGAAAUCCUGCAAACAGACGAUCCACACGCCAUGCAUAUUGAUGCCACUAUCCUUCCUCUUCGAAACAAGCUCAUGGUCUACCAUCCUGAAAGAGUCACCGAGAAGGCCUUACGUCAACACGCCGUGUUCGAAAACUGGGAACUCUAUGCGUACCCUUUCACCCCAGAGCAAAAGGAUGGACCGCCGCUCUACAUGACAUCGCCAUGGCUUGUGCUGAAUGCCCUUAGUUUGGACGAAAACCGGAUCAUGGUGGAGGCCAAAGACACAGUCUUUGCAUCAUGGGUUAAGGAAAAGUUUGGCAUGGAACCUAUCAUGUGUCCUUUCCAGCAUGUUAAUAGCAUUGGUGGCUCAUUUCAUUGCGCCACUGUUGAUCUCGUUCGUAGAAAUUAA